AUGCCACGGCCUCCCCACCCACGGCCCCCACCCACGGCCUCCCCACCCACGGCCACCCCACCCACCCACGGCCCUCCCACACACGGCCACCCCACCCACGGCCUCCCCACCCACGGCCUCCCCACCCACGGCCUCCCCACCCACCCCAAACACGGCCUCCCCACCCACGGCCUCCCCACCCACGGCCUCCCCAACCACGGCCUCCCCACCCACGGCCUCCCCAACCACGGCCACCCCACCCACGGCCCUCCCACCCACGGCCUCCCCACCCACGGCCUCCCCACCCACGGCCUCCCCAACCACGGCCUCCCCACCCACGGCCUCCCCAACCACGGCCACCCCACCCACGGCCCUCCCACCCACGGCCUCCCCACCCACGGCCUCCCCAACCACGGCCUCCCCACCCACGGACUCUCCAACCACGGACUCCCCACCCACGGCCUCCCCACCCACGUCCUCCCCACCCACGGCCUCCCCACCCACGGCCUCCCCACCCUAGGCCUCCCCACCCUAGGCCUCCCCACCCACGGCCUCCCCACCCACGCCCCCACCCACGGCCCCACCCACGGCCACCCCACACGUGGCCACCCCACCCGGGGCCACCCUACCCGCGGCCACCCCAUCCACGGCCACACCACCCAAGGCCUCCCCACACACGGCCCCAACCCACGGCCCCCACCCACGGCUCCCACUCACAGCCCCCACACCCAUGGCCUCCACCCACGGCUUCCACCCAUGCCCCCACCCACGGCCACCCCACCCACGGCCACCCCACCCACGGCCACCCCACCCACGGCCUCCCCACACACGGCCCCCACCCACGGCUCCCACCCACGGCUCUCACCCACAGCACAGCCCCCACACCCAUGGCCUCCACCCACGGCUCCCACCCACGCCCCCAACCCACGGCCCCCACCCACGGCCUCCCCACCCACGGCCACCCCACCCACCCACGGCCCUCCCACACACGGCCACCCCACCCACGGCCUCCCCACCCACGGCCUCCCCACCCACGGCCUCCCCACCCACCCCAAACACGGCCUCCCCAACCAAGGCCUCCCCACCCACGGCCUCCCCAACCACGGCCACCCCACCCACGGCCCUCCCACCCACGGCCUCCCCACCCACGGCCUCCCCACCCACGGCCUCCCCAACCACGGCCUCCCCACCCACGGCCUCCCCAACCACGGCCACCCCACCCACGGCCCUCCCACCCACGGCCUCCCCACCCACGGCCUCCCCAACCACGGCCUCCCCACCCACGGACUCUCCAACCACGGACUCCCCACUCACGGCCUCCCCACCCACGGCCUCCCCACCCACGUCCUCCCCACCCACGGCCUCCCCACCCACGGCCUCCCCACCCUAGGCCUCCCCACCCUAGGCCUCCCCACCCACGGCCUCCCCACCCACGCCCCCCACCCACGGCCCCACCCACGGCCACCCCACACGUGGCCACCCCACCCGGGGCCAUCCUACCCGCGGCCACCCCAUCCACGGCCACACCACCCACGGCCUCCCCACACACGGCCCCAACCCACGGCCCCCACCCACGGCUCCCACUCACAGCCCCCACACCCAUGGCCUCCACCCACGGCUUCCACCCAUGCCCCCCACCCACGGCCACCCCACCCACGGCCUCCCCACCCACGGCCACCCCACCCACGGCCCCCACCCACGGCUCCCACCCACGGCUCUCACCCACAGCACAGCCCCCACACCCAUGGCCUCCACCCACGGCUCCCACCCACGCCCCCAACCCACGGCCCCCACCCACGGCCUCCCCACCCGCGGCCUCCUCACCCACGCCCCCCACCCAUAGCACCCCACCCACGGCCUCCAGACCCAUGCCCCCCCCCACCCACGGCCACCCCACCCACGUCCCCCCACCCACGGCCCCCCACCCACGGCCCCCCACCCACGGCCUCCCCACCCACGACCCACCCACCCACGCUCCCCCCACCCACGGCCCCCCCACCCACGGCCCUCCCCACCCACGGCCUCCCCACCCACGGCUCCACAGUCGACCCCGUCUCCUACACUCCACAGUCGACCCCGCCUCCUAGGCUCCACAGUCGACCCCGCCUCCUAGGCUCCACAGUCGACCCCGUCUCCUAG